GAAAAUUCCGAUAAUGAAACAGGGUCGGGUCAUUGGAAAGCCCAAUAGAGGAGGGAAGAAAACAUGGGAGAGCCAAACCAAAAGAGAGAGAAAAGAAAAUGGCGGCAAUAGUAUGUUAUGGUCCUCUAAUCGAUCUCUCUAAAGCAGCAUCUCACAUCGACGAGUACGUCCAACUCCUUGUAUUUGUUCACAACAUCACCCCAAUUCAGUACAAGCUAUGGAGAAAAAGUAGAGAUGCGUGCAGUGGCUAUUAAUGGUUAUGUUGUUUAAAUCAAGUCUACUUCAAGCGGGUUAUAUUUCCAUAAAAGGUGUAAAUCGGGAUAUCUUGAAUUUAGAGCUUCUUUUUUUGCUGUGAAUGUGUAUAAUGGCGCCGAGGUGGAAAGGAAAAGGGGCAGAAGUUAAAGCUCUUGCAGAUCCCAUUUCAGAAAUAGUCAGACAGCUCCAAUCUUCUCUGAUCAGCUCAAACUCUAGAGGACUGCUUUCUGGUACGGGUGUGCUUCUUAAAGCAGAUGCAGAACUAACUGACAUCUUCAAUCGUGCAUGCUUUGGUAGGACUAGGGUAACAUCAGAAAAGAAUGAGCAGUGGUUUCAGCUCUCCAUGGAAGAAGCUUUUUACCUUCAAUAUUCUCUAAAAUGCAUCAAGGUGGUUGAUCGCAAUAACACUGAACUGAACAGCGAUGAGUUAUGGAAGCAUAUGACAUCCAGGAUGAAAAUUUUUCCAAUCCUAUUCAAAGCUUUUUCUCACCUUCGAAGUAAAAACUGGGUGGUUAGAUCGGGCUCUCAGUAUGGGGUAGACUUUGUUGCCUAUCGUCAUCACCCUGCUUUGGUACAUUCUGAAUAUGCUGUACUCGUUUUAUCAGCACAAGAUGGUAGCGCAAAUGGUCGCUUGAGGGUUUGGUCUGACUUCCACUGCACUCUUCGCCUUUGUGGUAGUGUGGCGAAAACAUUAUUAAUUCUCAACAUUAAACAACAGCAAAGUUGUGCAACUUCUCCGUCGUGCUUAGAUAAUUAUGUUGUUGAAGAGAGAACAAUCACAAGAUAGAGUCCAGAGCAAGGCCGUGAGAAAAAUGUUAAAUCUGACCCCAAGUGUAAAGUAGAUUGACCGAUUCAAGAUUAACUCCUAUUUCAUCUUGUACUAGUUUAGCAAUUGCAUUGUGAUUUAAAAGCACUACAUUUGGUACUCUGUAAAUCGUAUUUAAUCC